AUGCAACAGUGUGCUGUCUAUGCCUGCUGCGGAGGCAGCUGGGAAGCUGCUUUGGCCGUGUUGGCCUCGACGUCCCGCCACGGAAUCCCAUGCGAUAUCAUUGGCUACAGCUCGGCUAUCAAAGCCUGCUCCUUCGAGCGGAAGUGGGAGCAAGCGCUGCAGCUGUUGAAGUCCGCUGAACUGGCUGGACUGGCUCUGGAUGCCAAGAUCUUCAGCUCCGCAGUGGACAGCUGCCUCAACAACUGGCCUGCAGCUCUGGAACUGUUGAGGUGCAUCCGACAAAGACGGCUGGCCCCAGACGUCUACUCCCAGAGUGCCGCGAUAGCCGCCUUGGCGGCUGCCGGUGAGUGGAGGAGGUCCCUGGUUCUUCUAGCUGGCAUGUCAAAGGCGAAGGUUGCCCCGAAUGUGGUGACCUACGGAGCUGCAAUCAGUGCAUGCGACAAAGGCAGUCAGUGGCAGCAAAGCCUGGACUUGCUGAAGCUCAUGGCCAGACGCAAGGUGCCUCCAGAUCGUGUUUGCUUCAGCUCCGCGACCUCCGCCUGCGGCCGGGCCUUGCGCUGGGAUCAUGCCUUGGCUCUUCUAGCGAGCAUGCCGGCCAUGCAGCUGGUGUCCGAUUUCGUGAGCCGCAGCACCGUGGUUGCAGCGUGCGCGAGUGCGUUGAGCUGGUCUAAGGCCCUGUCUUUGGCCUUGGCACUUCGUGAAGAGGCGCCUAACGGGCAGACUCCGAAUGGAAUUCUGUGGGGCGGUGUUCUCAGUGCGAUGGCUCGAGCGCAGCAGGACACUUCGGAGCUAGCAGAGAGCCUUCGCAGCAGCUGGGGGACCGCAGAGGAGAUGGAGUUGGCAGAGUCUGGAGAAGAGUUGGGUGGAGGCCUGCGUUACAUCGGUGCUGCUCCCGGGAUUCUGGCGGUGGCGAAGCCGGCGGGGAUCACCUCUGAGGCUGUCAUGCAGCUGGUGUCAAGGUGGCUGGCACAGCGAGGCUUCAAUGCCGAGAUCAUGAGACUCUCCCGUCUGGAUGCGCCGACCUCUGGUGUGCUGCCUGUGGCAAUGGCUCCAAGUGGAUCAGGAGUCGCGAGCUGGUACCAGCUGCUCUUCGCUGCACGCAAGGUCGUGAAGCAAUACUUGCUCGUGUGCUCGGGGAAGCCCUUAGCGGAAAGCGUGCGGGGUGUCAUCGUGGCGCCAUUGGCCAGCGGCCCAUCGACUGAAAAGUCCGCCAUGAAGACCAUCUGGUCGUCUGCUGGGAAAGAGGCAAGGACGGAGUACGAAGUACUGCGCACCUUCACCUCACCGCUGCAAACUUUGAUGCUGCUGAAAGCAGAGCCGCACACCGGGCGGACGCACCAAAUCCGAGCACACCUUGCGGGCAUUGGGCGCCCGAUCCUGUGCGACCGCACAUACGGAGGCUUCGACCCAUCUUGGUGCCCCCGCCUUUUCCUCCACUGUCGAAAGGUCACUUUGCAGGAUGCAGCCGGCCGCCCCUUCACCGCUGAGGCGCCCCUUCCGGCUGACCUGCAGGAGGCCCUGGAUCAUUUGCGAGAUCUGGCCGCAGCUGGCUGA